GCUCCCAAAACGUGCUCGUCCCCGUGAGUCACGUGAUGACGUCUCACUUCGAGUUUCUCAAAGAUUUCCCAGUGAGCGACUGGCGGACAGUAAAGAUGGCGACGGAGCUUACAGUGUGUACGAGUUACCGGACAAGAUGACGACGAGAAGAUUAGUAACUUUCGAGCCGCGGCGUUGACAGUGCUCCCUUUAAAGACCUUGCGACGGAGGCUCGCGAACUUGCUGACUUUGGCGGUAGUUAAACAAACCUAACGGACACGACACCGGCGCGCGGACAUAUCGUUGCUUUUGCCAUGGAGGAUAUCAACUCAAACAUAAACGCGGACUUGGAGGUGCGGAAGCUUCAAGACUUGGUGAAGAAACUCGAGCAGCAGAACGAGCAGCUCCGGAGCCGAUCCAGUCUGCUCUCCUCCUCCUCUUCUUCCGGUGGACUGUCGGGGAACACCAGACCCGUGAGCGCCGGCUAUGAUUGUCCGGGAGCGGCGGCGGCGGGGCUCGCCGGGUUCAAUGGGGUGGGGUUCGGCGGAUCGAGGGGGUUCGGUGGGGUUUUGGAGAUCUCCCGGCUGAGUCCCAGACGGUCAUAUCACGGCAGCAGUUACGGAGGGGGGUAUGACAGUGACAACGCUUCUUGUGCCGCCGCGAACACGAGUCUCGCGUCUUAUUACGAUUCGCUGGAUUUUAUCGAAGACGGAGAAACUUCAGUGCUGGACGAGGUGGACAUUCUCGAUUUGGAGGACAUGGAUUGCCUGAACGAAGAGGAAGACAGCUGGUUGUACGAAGCAAAAUUGAACAGCCCUCUGCAGAAAGCCUUGAGUCCAAUUGUGUGGUGCAGACAGGCUCUGGAUAACCCCAGUCCUGAUAUGGAGUCUGCCAAACGCUCUCUCUUACACAGACUCGACCUUACCAUGUCAGCAAACAAGCGGAGGAGUCUAUAUAACAGUUCCUACAGUCCUCAAGUGGCCUACGGAAGCCCAUACAGCACAAACACGGCAAACAGUCCUUACACCAGUGGCUUCAACUCCCCAUCCUCCAGUCCAUCUAGAGUGCCUGUCGUCAAGCAGCUCGUUCUGCCUGGCAGCGCAGGUCACCAGCGUGGAUCGGCUGACAGAAACGCACAGGCAGUGAGCCCACAGUCAUCAGUAGACAGUGAGUUAAGCACAUCAGAGAUGGAUGAAGACUCUGUCGGUUCAUCGACCACAUAUAAACUCAAUGACGUCACAGACGUGCAGAUACUCGCCCGCAUGCAGGAGGAGAGCUUAAGGCAAGAAUACGCUGCAACAGCGUCACGUCGUAGCUCUGGUUCAUCAUGUCAGUCGUUGCGACGAGGAACUCUGAGUGACCAGGAGCUGGAUGCACAGAGCCUGGAGGAUGAUGAGGAGGCGGUCCACCAUUCCUACCACACACCCGCCAACCGCUUCAGCCCCUCCCCUCGGCACUCGCCCCGCGUCUCCCCCAGGAACUCGCCCCGAUCCCGCUCACCCGCCCGCUCUUUAGAGUACAGCCGCGGAUCUCCCCAACCGAUCAUCAGCCGCCUCCAGCAGCCCCGCCACUCUCUGCAAGGCCACGAUACGCAGACCAAUGCCAUUAAGAAUGAAGAAAAGCUGAGACGGAGUCUACCUAACCUCGCACGAUCCAGCUCUGGACCGACUGCAGAGCCAGUCAAAAACAGCAGGAGCUGUGAGUCAAACCUGCAAGUGCCAAACGGAGGGUCACCCAGACACCAGAGUCAGUCUGCCACAUCACACCAAAGGCUGUCCGCACCUGCUCGCUCCUCCCCAAAACCAAAAGAGCAACUCCAGAGCCCUACGUCUCUACGAGUUCCUCUCUCGUGUUGCUUUGGAGAGGAAACAGAUUUCAUGCCCUCUUCCAGUAAGUUGCGGACUCCCACUGCCCCGUCUCCCUUGGCUCUCCGUCAGCCCAUGAAGGUCAUGUCUAAUCAUGGUUCAGGCACAGCCACGCCCAUGCGCUCCAUGGCCCCGCCCCGCAGCGGCCUGCCCCGCCCCACCGCCAAUGCUGGAGGAGGUUUACCAGUGCCUCGCAGCAAACUGGUCCAGCCUGUGCGCAGGUCUCUGCCAGCUCCAAGGACAUACAGUGGUAUCAGAGACGAGAGCUGGAGAGAGGGCUGCUACUGAGCAGGCUUUCAGUUCAACCUGGCACUUUAUAGAGAUACAUCUUUAACCCCCACAAAUAAAGAGACACAUUCUUCCAAACAAAUGAUUCUCUCCUCUUUCAGUUGAUGUUGCAGAGCUCUCAUCCCAGCAGGAUAGAUGGGGAAGGCAGACUGGACGCCGCAGAAUGCCAAAGAACAACAAUAACA